AUGGGGUUCCAGGCGCGUGGUCUCAGCCCGAAGAAGGCGGAGGCGGGGACGAGGCCGGAGCUGGGGUCCCAGGUGCGUGCUCGGCAGGGACGAGGCCGGAGCGCUUAUCCUCAACCACUAUGGGGUCCCAGGUGCGAAAGCGGAGGCGGGGACGAGGCCGGAGCGCUUAUCCUCGACCAACGUGGAGUCCCAGGUACGCGAUCUCGGCCCGAAGAAGGUGAAGGUGGGGACGAGGGCGGAGCACUUAUCCUCAACCGAUAUGGGGUCCUAGGUGCGCGCCCUACCGCAGCGUGCAUCAGUGCAAGGUGCUUGAAGCCAGAAGAAGGCGAGCUUCAAGAGGAGGCGACAACAGGCUCGAAGGACUUACUCUCAGAAUACGUUCUCGGCGCGUGGUCUCAACCUGAAGAAGACGGAGGCGGCGACAAGGCCGGAUCGCCUAUCCUCAACUGUCAUGGGUUCCCAGGUUCGUGGGCUGGAGAGAACAGAAGCCGAGACCAGGCCGGAGUGCCUAUCCUCAAGCAAUAUGGGGUCCCAGGUGCGCGGUCUCAACUUGAAGAGGAUGGAGGCGGGAACCAGGCCGGAGCACUUGUCCUCAACCAAUAUCGGGGCCGAGGUGCGUGGUCUCAACUCGAACAGGACGGAGGCGAGGAGAGGCCGGAGUACCUAUGCAAGGACAAGGCUGGGAGGGCCCAUCCUCAACCAACAUGGGGUUCCGAGGUGCGGAAGUUCAAGCUGAAGAAGACACAGGUGGGGAAGUUCAAGCUGAAGAAGACAGAGGCGUGGAAGCUCAAGCUGAAGAAGGGCAAGGACAAGGCGUGGAAGCUCAAGCUGAAGGAGACGGAGGCAAGGACAAGGCAAGGACAAGGCCGGGAGGACUUAUCCUCAACCAACAUGGGUUUCCGAGGCGUGGAAGCUCAAGCUGAAGAAGGGCAAGAACAAGGCGUGGAAACUCAAGCUGAAGGAGACGGAGGCAAGGACAAGGCGUGGAAGCUCAAGCUGAAGAAGGGCAAGAACAAGGUGUGGAAGCUCAAGCCGAAGAAGACAGAGGCAAGGACCAGACCGGGCGUGAAGCUCAAGCGGAAGAAGACAGAGGCGUGGACGCUCCAGCGGAAGAAGACAGAGGCGUGGACGCUCAAGCGGAAGAAGACAGAGGCAAGGAGGAGGCCGGGCGUGGACGCUCAAGCCGAAGAAGACGGGGGCAAGGACCAGGCGUGGAAGCUCAAGCGGAAGAAGACGGAGGCAAGGACGAGGCGAACACUGAAGGAGACGGAGUCGCCGAAGGCGAGCCAUGGAGAGUGCAAGGAAUAUGCCCGAUACUUGGGCAUCGACCCCGGAUACGAGGGAGAAGAGACACACAACGCGAUGUUGUGCCCGAGCCUCGGCGGGGACGAGGCCGGAGCGCUUACCCUCAACCAAUAUGGGGUUCCAAGUGUGACAUCUCACAGCCCGAAGAAAGUGGAGGCGGGAACUACGGGGGCCCAAUCCGGAGAAGGCGAAGGCGGGGAAGAGGUGUGUGGUCUCAACCUGAAGAAAGCGGCGAAGGCGGGGACGAGGCCGGAGCGCUUAUCCUCAACAAAAAAAGGGGCCGAGGUGCGUGAUCUCAGCCCGAAGAAGACGGCGGCGGGGAGACCGCAGCACUUCUCCUCAACCAACAUGGGGUCCCAGGUGUGA